AUGCGCCCCAAGGAACAGGUGCAUAACAGUGCGGGGGAAGGGACGGGGUCUGGGGACCCAGCAGCAGGGACCCCCGAGACCCAACCUGCAGCCAGUCCGGCCCCGGAGCCCUUGGCGGAGCCCAAACCUGCUCCUGCGCAGGGAACCGGGUCCGGACAGCGAGCUCCAGGAUCCCGAAUCAGGACGGGAAGAUUUUGUCGGUCCAUGAUUAUCGGUAAUUCGGACGCGCCAUGGACCCGUUAUGUAUUCCAGGGGCCUUAUGGUCCCCGGGCCACUGGCCUGGGCACUGGAAAAGCCGAGGGAAUCUGGAAGACGCCAGCCGCGUACAUCGGCCGGAGGCCUGGCGUGUCUGGCCCUGAGCGCGCCGCGUUUAUUCGAGAGCUGCAGGAAGCACUGUGUCCUAACCCACCUCCCACGAAGAAAAUCACUGAAGAUGAUGUCAAAGUGAUGCUAUAUUUGCUGGAAGAGAAAGAACGGGACCUGAACACAGCUGCUCGCAUCGGCCAGUCCCUGGUGAAACAGAACAGUGCUUUGAUGGAGGAGAAUAACAAGCUGGAAACCAUGCUGGGCUCAGCCAGGGAGGAGAUUUUGCAUCUCCGGAAGCAGGUGAACCUGCGAGAUGACCUCCUUCAGCUCUACUCGGACUCCGACGACGAGGAGGAGGAUGAGGAGGAGGAAGAGGAAGAGGGGGAAGAGGAGGAGCACGAAGGACAGCGGGAUCGAGACCAACAGCAUGAUCAUCCUUACGGCGCCCCCAAGCCGCCCCCUAAGGUGGAGUCACAGCACCGCUGCCCACAGCUGGAAGCUCUGCAGCAGAAGUUGAGGCGUCUGGAGAAGGAGAAUGACCACCUGCGAGAGGAGGCCUCUCACCUUGACAACCUGGAAGACGAGGAGCAGAUGCUCAUCCUGGAAUGCGUGGAGCAGUUUUCUGAAGCCAGCCAGCAGAUGGCAGAGCUCUCGGAGGUGCUGGUCCUGAGGUUGGAGGGCUAUGAGCGGCAGCAGAAGGAGAUCACCCAGCUGCAGGCUGAGAUCACCAAGCUGCAACAGCGUUGUCAGUCGUAUGGAGCCCAGACAGAGAAACUGCAGCAGCAGCUGGCUUCGGAGAAGGGAGUCCACCCAGAGAGCUUUCGCGCGGGCUCUCACGUGCAGGAUUAUGGGAGCAGGUUUCGCGAUCGCCAGGAGGAUGGGAAGAACCAGCGCCAGCGCUCCUCGAUGCCCACGACUUCUGUCGCCCACUAUGGAUACAGUGUGCCUCUGGACGCGCUUCCCAGUUUCCCAGAGACUCUGGCUGAGGAGCUCCGCACUUCUCUAAGGAAGAUCAUCACUGACCCUGCCUAUUUCAUGGAGAGAUGUGACGUCCGCUGCAAGGAGGAGCGAGAGCAGGAGCAGGGGGCGAUGCCACCACCCCCACCGCCGCAAGAUCUCAAGCCACCUGAAGAUUUCGAGGCUCCAGAGGAGCUGGUGCCUGAGGAAGGGCUGGGGGCCAUAGAAGAGGUGGGGACGGCCGAGGAAGGGCUGGCGGACGAGGCAGACCGGGUGUCUGAGGAGACCGAGGCCUGGGAGGAAGUGGAACCAGAGGUGGACGAGGCCACAAGGAUGAAUGUGGUGGCCUCCGCCCUGCAGGCCAGUGGCCUGGGCCCUUCCCGCCUGGACAUGAAGUACGUCCUCCGGCAGCUGACCAACUGGCAGGAUGCCCAUUCCAAGCGGCAGCAGAAGCAGAAGGUGGUCCCAAAAGGCUCUGCUGUUUCCCAGCAGCCUGCAGAGGCCCCACAGACCGCUUGAGACCCUUCUUCUGCUGCCUGGCUAAGUCCCUCCCUUCCUUCCCUUCCUUGGAAACGACCUCAUGUCUGUAGGCAGGCCUUUCUCUGUCCUGGCCCAAGCUUCUGCUCUCUUCUAAGGCCGGCUGAAAGAACCCUAGUUCCUCAUUCUGAAACUGGUGCCAAAGUUGUGGCUACUGGGGCCCCUGGGGUGGAAGCAGCCUGCGGGGAGACUGUCUGGCUACCAGACCCAGCUCUGAGACGGUCAGGGUGGGGACCCAGGUCCCUAGGGUAGGCAGUUACUGGGAGGACCCUCUCUAUCCCUUGAACCGCUCACAUAAAGGGACCUCCUCAGUUCUGGUUGGCUUUUUGGAACCUGAUUCUUUUUUGCUAUCCUUCGUUCUUCCUCUGUUUCUAUUGCCGUGUGUAAUGUGAAGUGUAUCUGAGUGGGGGUGGCGGAGGGGGCCCUCCUCCCUGUGACGUCUCGAUCUCCUGUGGCCUGUGAGUUUCCCUCUAGAGUUCUGCCCUUCCCGACAUCUUUGCUCAUGCGUAGCUGCGGCCUCGGUGCCUGCCCUGCUCCUGCAGUGCUCCAUAGUCUUGUAGCUUGUCAGCCUUUGUAUCGAUGUUUGUGCCCGCGUGGAAAUAAA